GGCGGGCGGGCCAUGGCACUGGAGUGUGAGGAGGUGUCUGCGACUGCUUGCUCUGUGGAGUUCAGGAAGUCCUUACAGACCGGUUUGAGGAGCCUGGGGAGGGGCCAUGGUGCCAAGCCAGUUGUGGGGGAAACUGGAGAAGCCGUUCCUCUUCCUAGGCUGCGCCUCCCUCCUCCUGGGGCUGGCUUUGCUGGGCAUUCGGCCGGACAUUGCCUCGGUUGCUUAUUUCUUUUUCUCCGUGGGUGGCUUGUUUUUGUUUGGCUGCCUCCUGUCCUGUUUUCUGGAAUUUGGGUUCCGAGCAAUGCAGACAGAGAGCCCAGGGGCCUCAGACAAUGCACGGGACAAUGAAGCCUUUGAGGUGCCAACCUAUGAAGAAGCCGUUGUGGUGUUGGAAUCGCAGUGCCGCCCUCAAGAACCAGAUCAACCACCCCCGUACAGCAGCAUUGUCAUCCCCCAGGGACUUGAGGGAGGACAGCCUAGCCCUCCAGAGGAGACGAGGAGAGACAGACUGAGAAGGCGAGUAGGCUCAGAGGGGUCUUCGAUGCAGAGAGGCAGCCCUGGAAGAGCUCCAAACAGUGUUCGGCCUCGGGGACCACGGGUUGUAUCCACUGCUCCAGAUCUGCAGAGCUUGCGGGAACUCCCCAAAUCGGAGCCUCUCACUCCACCCCCCGCCUAUGACGCCUGCUUUGGUAACCCUGAGGAUGACAGUGUUUUCUAUGAAGACAACUGGACGCCACCCUAAAUGACGCUCCCA